UUUCUCAUAUUUAUAUGCAUUGCAACGAUGGAUCUUUAUUAAUAUUUCGUCAGCAAUUUCCGCCUAAACUAUCGAAAGCGCCCUCGAAACUUCGAUUCGAUAUAAUCGAUUCUAUAAUCGCGAGAAAAUCGAUUCAGGUAUCGAUUUAUCAAAUAUUCAAGCAUGCGACAUAACCUGAAUGUUCAAAAUGCGUUGCAUUUUCUUGGAUUGGUAGAGAUUAACUUUCUGUUUUUGUGAUUAAAAUUUUCUUGUACGCCUACACAAAUAUGUCUGCACCAAAACAGCAACAGAACGUGGAGCACAAGGAGAAGAAAAGGAAAGAAAGUAUAUUAGAUCUUUCCAAGUAUCUUGAGAAAAAUAUAAGGGUAAAAUUUGCUGGUGGCAGAGAAGCUGCAGGAAUACUUAAAGGUUAUGAUCCAUUGCUGAAUUUGGUACUCGAUAAUACAACAGAAUACCUGAGAGAUCCUGAUGAUCCAUACAAAUUGAUACAGGAUACUCGUAUGUUGGGUCUGGUGGUAUGUAGAGGAACUUCCGUAGUGCUUAUUUGUCCUGUAGAUGGUAUGGAAUCUAUCCAAAAUCCAUUUAUACAACAGGAAGGAUAAGCACAAAGGCUUGAGCCUUCGUGUCACUAUUAUAUUCUACUUUUGAAACAAU